AUGACUGGAAAUACAGACACGAGAUACUAUUUGAACCUUACCCGCAAUGUUUAUAGGUGGACGCCAGCUGUCGGCCGCGGACUUGAUAACAUCCACACCGUUGAUGAGCGUGUGAGCAUUUUUGACCACCUGAAUGUUGUCAAGUUCUAUUAUGACUUUAUCCGUAACUUUGAUGUGGCGGAUGUAUGA